GGUUUUCGCCUCUUUUCUCGCUAAUGGUAUUGCGAGCAAUCUGAUUGGCUAACCCGUGACCGAGAUGGUCCGUGUGUAAAGCACGUGGGGAUGGGGGGAUAUCUCGCCGUCAUUCAGGCGUUGUCGAUACCUCCUUUGGCAGGAUCGCUCGUCCUCUUUCGCCGGCUCUUCGAUGCCAGAGGGGCUCGAUUUGCCACAGAACUCCUACGAUUUCCUAAAGCCGGCAUCAUGCAUCCAGUAAUUCUUCGACCAAAUCAUGAUGGGUUUCUUGAAGGGUCCCUGCAAUAUGUCCCUGGACGUUCAGCUCCCAGCUCCAAAAGCUAAUCCCUAGAGCAUCAUUGUGUUCCCUGUGCGAUCUUAAGGGGACCACCUUGGGUACGCAUCUCGGUUUGCAAUUUCCGAAUUGGCAGCGACUAGCUAGGACAUGCCUUUCUCAAGACGGCGGCUCGGAGGCGCUACUAAAUGUAUAUUCAAGAUUCCAUACCAGUGCGUGGCUUGUUUGAUGUGUUACAGCCGCGCUGCGCUCCUCGGACUGCAAGAGACGCAUAAAAGGAACUUAGCUCCUGCAACGUGGAAGCUUUGAAUCAGUCUUCCCUGUCUAUCUGGGGUAUCUACAGCUGUAUAUAAAGUAAAUAAAAUAAAGUAAAACCAAAG